AUGAGUUUCGAUCCGGCGUGGCUGUCCGAACCGCCACCAAUCAUCGAGGACACGGAAGAUGUGUUGCGAGCUUUCAUUCUUGAGCCGAAAAUCCCGAUACACGAACCGAAACCUUACUUUGAACCACGACAUCCAUCCCCCGACCAGCUGUACAAUGUUCCACAUGCACCCAUAAUAACGCGUAUCGUGCCCGAACGGUGCCCUGAAACGGGAAAGGUGUUGGACUUUGUCGAAACGGCGGUGCAGAAUGCGGGCUCGACUGCCAAAAAUUCCAUGUCCCUACAGCGUGAACCGACCGAAUCGCUCGAUAACAUCCGUGGAUCUGCCUCGUACUUUCCCUUUUGGCCCGGUGGAUUCGAUGAACCGGAAGCAAUGCUCGCCAACUUGGUGCCGAGUCUGAUGUUUGAGACUGGAAAUCUGAAAUCAUGUCCACCGGGUUUCGCUACAGGUGUUACGUUUGCCGAGAGCGGUACCGAAGGCAAGCAAAACGAAGACUCUGACGAAGGUGGUGUGAUCGAUCUUUUGUCAGCGAUCGCACAAGAGGAUAGUUUUGAUCUGUUGUUGGAUGAACAGCGUGAAAAGAAUGCAACACCUAAUGAGCUGCACAAUCUUCCGGCUGAUAUCAAUGAGGAGAGUUUGCUAUUGGACAAGGAACCAAGGAACCAUCAGGAAAACAAGGAACCAACAGUGGGACAGGUGCUGAAAAUUUCCAACAUCACCAACAAUGCCAUCGAGACGGCCGAUUGGGCCGAAAUGAUCGACAUUUCCAAACCGGUGGAUGAUUUUUAUGUCAAAAUCCCGGUCAUGGCGCAUCGCUUUCCGUUCGAGCUGGACAUCUUCCAGAAGCAGGCGAUCCUGAAGCUCGAAGAGCACAGUCACGUGUUUGUGGCGGCACACACGUCCGCGGGUAAAACGGUUGUGGCCGAGUAUGCGAUCGCCCUGUCCAAGAAGCACAUGACAAAAACGAUCUACACGUCUCCGAUAAAAGCAUUGUCGAAUCAAAAGUAUCGCGACUUCAAGACCACCUUCCAGGACGUGGGCCUUAUUACCGGGGACAUCCAGAUCGAUCCGACCGCAUCCUGUCUCAUCAUGACGACAGAGAUUCUGCGCUCGAUGCUAUACUGUGGGAGCGAUAUUACGCGCGACCUGGAGUACGUCAUCUUCGACGAGGUGCACUACAUUACCGAUUCCGAUCGGGGGCACGUGUGGGAAGAGGUGCUAAUCCUGCUGCCCGAUCACGUGUGUAUCGUGAUGCUGAGUGCCACCGUACCAAACACGCUCGAAUUUGCGAACUGGGUGGGAAAAACGAAGCAGAAACGUGUCUGGGUCGUAAGCACUGCGAAGCGGCCGGUACCACUCGAACACUAUCUGUACACGGGAUUCGGUGGUAAAUCGAAGGACGAUUCCUUCCUGAUCGUAAACGAGCACAGCCAGUUCCUGGCGCAAGGUUACCAGCGGGCAAAGGAAAGUUGCGACGCGAGGCAAGCAAAAAAUGCCACCCACCGAUCCGGUGGUCCAUACAGUCAACGGCAGGAACAAACCCUAUGGGUCGGUUUGAUUCAGCAUUUGCAAAAAAAAGAGAAGCUUCCGGUGGUAGCGUUCACACUAUCUCGCAACCGAUGCGAUAACAAUGCGGAAGCACUAAUGUCCUGCGAUCUUACGACGGCGCGGGAAAAGUACGCCAUCACAUCCUUCUUCCAGCAGUGCUUGCAACGACUAAUUCCACCCGAUCGUGCCCUGCCACAGGUCAUACAGAUGCAAACCUGUCUCGAGCGUGGUAUCGGCAUUCACCAUAGCGGGAUACUGCCCAUUCUGAAGGAGAUCGUUGAGAUGCUGUUUGCCCGUGGGUUGGUCAAAAUUCUCUUUGCUACGGAAACGUUUGCGAUGGGUGUGAAUAUGCCUGCCCGUACAGUCAUUUUCGAUAGUACGCGCAAGUUCGAUGGACAAAAUGUACGUACGCUGCAACCAUCGGAAUACACCCAGAUGGCAGGCCGGGCCGGGCGACGUGGGCUCGACAAAACCGGUACGGUCAUUAUUCUCUGCAAGCAAAUGUUACCCACCGAUGCGGAACUAAAAACGAUGAUACUUGGCAAACCGAUACGCUUGGAAUCACAAUUCCGGCUAACGUACGCGAUGAUGCUGUACCUGUUGCGGGUGGAGCUGGUUUCGGUGGAGAAUAUGAUGUUGCACAGCUUCCGGGAGUUUGGCAAACGGCAGGAGAUGCCUAAGAGUAAGCUGGAGCUGAGCAAAGUGCAGGAGAAGAUUUCGGCGAUGAGUAAGUUGAGCGACAAUCUGAAACCUUUGUGUGAGUUUUACGAAGCGGCCAACGUGUACAUUGGUCUGUGGAAUGAGCUUAUGCCCAAACUACUGUGCCAACCGAAAGCGAUCAAUGAGCUGAAAGUGGGCCGUGUGGUAGUAGCGACGGAUCGGCAUCAUUACAACAAGCUCGGACUGUUGCUCUCCGUUACGGUACAAUCCCACAUGGACAUGAAGCUCGUUGUACUGGUGCUGGACCAUGAACAGGCGCAGCAAAAGUCGAUCGACACAUCCCACCCGGAAUCGCUCGACCGAGGAACACUGUGGCAUCAGAUGCUAUCGCUAGCAUAUCCUUAUAAAACGUUCAACCCCGAAGGUGUCGGUGGACACUGCGUCCUCACCCUUCGUCCAUCAAACCUAAUCGAGGUGACCAAGCAUACGAUCAAGUGCGAUGCCAGCAACAUUAUCCGCAGCUGGGAAAAUCGCCUUAUUCCACGGUUUCGUGAUGCACCACCAUCCCAAGCGACCGUGGCAGCUGUCGCCAGUUUAGCCGAGCUGAACGCGAAGGUACUAGAAGCCGGCUCCAUUACCGAUGCACUAGAGUGCGUACGAUUCCAGCACGAUCUUACGAGUUUGACGCUGUGGCAGCAUCUAAAAGUUGCCCAGAAUCAGUUAAACCCCUGGGUGCCGUAUACAAACAUUGCCGGCUUUGAGCACGAAUUUGCGCUCGUAUUCGAUCGGAAGCAGCUCGAACGGAAGCUGUACGAACUUAAGUAUCAGGCAUCGUAUGAAAGUAUGUCCCUGUAUCCUGACUAUCGGCGAAAGUUGCAGGUCCUGCAGGAACUUAAGUACAUCGAUGAGAUGCAGCAAGUGACCAUGAAGGGUCGGGUUGCAUGCGAGAUGGGACAGAACGAGCUGAUGAUAACGGAGCUGGUAAUGCGCAACAUACUGACCGAUCUGCAGCCAGCCGAAAUUGCAGCCCUACUAUCGAGUUUGGUGUUUCAAGCCAAAACGGACGUCCAGCCAAAGCUUACCGAAACACUGCAGAAGGCCGAAGCACAGUUCCGCGAGGUUGAGAACGACAUCCUUCAGGUCGAGCGACAGUACGGUGUGACCGAUGUGUGCAAAAAGGAAGAGCUAAACUUUGGCCUGACCGAGGUCGUGUACGAGUGGGCCCGUAACAAACCGUUCGCCGAGAUAAUGGUACUGACGGACGUGAAGGAGGGCAUCAUUGUGCGAUGCAUUCAGCAGCUGAAUGAAACGCUCUGCAACGUGAAGGAUGCGGCACGACUCAUAGGCGAACCGGUGCUGAACAGCAAGAUGGAGGAAGCGUCAAAUGCGAUCAAGCGUGAUAUCGUAUUUGCGGCCAGUUUGUACACCUCAAGCACACCGAUCGUUAUUGGGGAGGUGUAACGCCCGGUCCAUUUGGGGAUUUU